UCAAGACUCAAGAGAGAAAGAAAUUACGUGAAAGAGAGACACAAAUGUUGCGCGCAGCUAGGGAAGAAUACUACGUACUUUUGAUUGUCGGCAGAGAAUUGAAGAAAACAAUAUUGGCUUCCUGGUUUUAAUGUCUCCCUUCUUCUUCCUCAUCAUCUUCUUCCUGUUCAAUUUCUCUUUCAGUACUUUAACAGCAAAAGCUACUUGGAUCCAGUCUGGGUUCUGGUAUGCUGGCAGUGAGUUUCCGGUUCCACAAAUCAAUUCUGCUUUAUACACACACCUUUUGUUUGCCUUUGCAUACAUCAAUUCUUCUAGCUAUGAGCUCCGUAUAGCCCACUCUGAUGAACCCUAUGUCUCAACCUUCACACAAAUUGUCACCCAAAAGAAUCCAUCAGUCAAAACAAUAUUGUCAAUCUGGGCAGGGAGAGAGGAGUCACCAAACUUCUUCUCAAUGCUAAAUCAGUCAUCCAACAGGAAAUCUUUUAUCAAAACCUCAAUAAAAGCAGCUAGGGAAUAUGGAUUCCAUGGCCUAGAUCUUUAUGGUGUGAUUCCUAACACUGAUUCAAAUAUUGGAACUUUCAUGGAUGAGUGGAGAGCAGCCAUAAACUCUGAAUCAGAGAGCUCUGGCACGCCGCGCCUCAUCUUGACAAUGGGAGCAUACUACUCUCCAGUACUAGAUGCCAUGGCUUAUCCUGUAGAUUCCAUUGUUAGGAACUUUGAUUGGAUUCAUCUCAGGUCAUAUGACUAUUAUUUGCCUACAAAAGAUAACUUUACAGGAGCACAUGCUGCUCUGUAUGAUCCAUUCAGCAAGUUAAACACUGAUUAUGGUGUAACAGAAUGGAUCAAGAAAAGAUUCCCUGCAAACAAACUAACCAUUGGUCUGCCAUUCCAUGGCUAUGCAUGGACACUGGUGAACCCCAAAGGCAACACUGUAGGAUCACCUGCAAAAGGUUUGGCUAUAACAGCAGAUGGGUCUAUGAGCUAUAGGUAUAUAAAGUUCUACAUUAGUAGCUACAAAGUUGCACCAAUAUACAACUCUACUUAUGUGAUGAACUACAUUACUGUUGAAUCGUUUUGGAUUGGGUACGAUGAUGUCGAGGCUAUCAAAACGAAAGUUUCCUAUGCAAAGGAGAAGGGGCUUCUUGGUUACACUGUAUUUCAAGUUCCUAAUGAUGAUGACAAUUGGUCGCUCUCCCGAGCAGCUCAGGGCACAGAAGAAGAUAGGCAUGACAAAAAGAAAAGUAAAUUGGCAAUUUUAUUGCCAGCAGGCACACUGGCUGCUUUCCUGCUAUGCAUAGCAAUAUAUUGUGUGGCAAGGAAAACCAAAAGAUCAAAAGGGAACACAAAAUUAAAUCAGAGAUCAGUGGAUCCUAACCUUCAAGCUUUCACUUUUGCUCAAAUGCAAGCAGCCACAGACAGUUUCUCGUAUCAAAACAUGCUAGGUGAGGGUGGAUUUGGGCCUGUUUUUAAGGGGAAAUUACCCAAUGGACAGGAAAUUGCAGUAAAACGGCUUUCUGAAAGCUCUAAACAAGGGGUGGAGGAGUUCCAAAACGAAGUUACACUUGCAGUGAAAUUACAGCAUGUCAAUCUGUUAAGAAUUCUGGGCUUCUGCACUGAGGGAGAAGAGAAGAUGCUCAUAUAUGAAUACAUGCCUAAUAAGAGCCUGGAUUUCUACCUCUAUGAACCUGCCAGACAGCUGCAGUUAGACUGGGAGAAAAGGGUUGGGAUUAUUGAAGGGGUUACUCAAGGGCUUCUAUAUCUCCAAGAAUACUCAGCAUUUACAGUGAUUCACAGGGACUUAAAAGCUAGCAAUAUCUUACUGGAUAAUGAGAUGAAACCAAAAAUAUCCGACUUUGGUAUAGCUAAGAUUUUCCAGAAGGAAGACGAUCAAGCAAACACGGGACGAAUUGUUGGGACAUAUGGUUGUGUCCCACCAGAGUAUGUUAAAGGAGGUGUAUACUCGAGAAAAUAUGAUGUUUAUAGCUUUGGAGUUUUGCUACUGCAAAUCAUAAGUGGCAAGAAGAAUGCAUAUCUAUACGGCACUGAUAAGAAUCUAAAUCUUCUAGAAUAUGCGUAUGAGAAGUGGAAAAGUGAGAGUGGCAUGGAGUUUAUGGAUCCCUCAUUGGACGACAAGUUGUCAUGGUGCAAACUGAUAAGAUGCCUGCAAGUGGGUCUGCUAUGUGUCCAGGAGAAAUGGGAAGACAGGCCAUCCAUGUUGGAAGUUGAGUCGAUGCUGAAGAGUGAAACAACUCUGCCUGCUCCCAAAAUGCCUGCAUUUUCCAGAAAAUUAAUUGAUUACAAGGAACAAGGUGAUGAGGAAGAUUAUUGUUCGGUAAAUGUUGGCACAACUUCUCAACUUAUGCCACGUUGAUGUUUCAAGCUCCAGGCAAUCAAUGCAUGAUAUGCGAUGCUAGCAGGUUACGUUCUUCUUCUUGUUGGCAUAAAAACAAGCAGUAUAAAGGCAUAAAUAGCUAGCGGACUUGAGCGUUUAGAGUUACCGUAUAGUAUGAGCUUAACAACACUUUGAGGAAUCCUUAAUUAUUCUUGAGGUGAUUAGCGAAAUCUGCAGAUAUAAAAAUGUACAUCGGGUUUUGUCAAAAAAAAAACAUCGAAUUAGACAUGGACUUUGUAGUUUUGUGUAAGUCAAGAGGGUGUAAAUAAUUUAAUAUUAUUUAUUUAUGUUUAUAAAUUAUUUUUA